AUGCCUGAUUCAAUCCCAGACAUGCUUUCGUCGUUGCGAGAAACAGACGAGAGCUCCCGAGAUUCGGGUUUCGGUGAGAUGGACUGUGAUAGCAUGCCCGUGGACUUCGCCCAUCCAUCGCUUCUUAAGAAAUCGUCAUUCCAAUUCAAAAAUUUGGACAUGGAAAUGGACGAUCUAGUCAUUGAAGAAUCUUUAAAGAUUCAAACAACGAAUAUGAUUUGCUCAAAGAAAGAAGAGCUUGAAGUGAAAACAGUGCUUAGCAAUAUGAGAUCAAUGCGUAAGGGACUCGCCGAUGUCACCAACAGCCCGCGGAUUUUCGAAAUAGAAUCGCCCAAAUCGCGGAAGUCGGUGUUCGCAAAGCCACAAUGUCGCGCCGUGAGCAUGCACAACAACCGAAAACGGGCCCUGAAAGCCACCUUCCUGCAGUACAAACGAAAUCGUGUUGAUGAGACGAUCGAGGAACAUGAGGUACUGCUCAAUGGUCCUGAAGUACCACCUCGAGACGGUCACCACAACGAUUCGCAAGCGUUCCGUCGUAUCGAUGCGAGAACGCUUUCGCGACUAAUGAAAUCUAUGAGUAGUCAGGAAUUCAACGAGAAGUACGUGCUGGUCGAUUGCCGCUACCCGUACGAGUUCAACGGGGGCCAUAUAAAGGGCGCCAUCAACGUUUUUGACACGACCAAAUGCGAGGAGGUGUUCUAUCCCGUCCAACUCGUUGCAUCGCGCCGAGAUUCACAGUCGGAUACCGAUCUUCUACUGGCUCAAACACUGCGAAGUGUCGAUCGACAGCGAAAUGUGGAUGUUUAUCCAAAAGUGGAUUUCCCAGAGAUUUACGUCGUCGAUAAAGGCUACCGCAACUUUUUCGAGACAUUCGCCGAUUCAACGCCGGACAAGCAUUUAUUCGAACCAUGCAAUUAUGUGGAGAUGGUCGACGGUCGUUUCGCUCAUCACCUGAGGCAAUACAAUUUCCACAAGAAAAGCUGGGGAAACAGCACUUGCUCGAAGAAUGCACCUCCUCAAUCACGUAUGGGUCUGCGACAACUCUCCGAAGGGGCCUUGGAUUCGCCGUCGAAUCCCGGUCCAUCGCGACCGUCCAGACGUCCGUUGUUCGCCCCUGCCCCAAAGACGCCAGAACCGUUGCCGUUGGCGCCCGUGAGGCAGUUGCAGUUCUCC